GCCACCGGGCAUGUCCGUCCGUUGCUAUGCGCCUGUAUAUGAAAGACUUCCGUUUCCAUUGAUGAAAGAGAAACAGAUAAGUAUCACAAUAAUGAUAAAAGAUUAAUGGCGAAGAGCGCGCACGAUCUGGGAUGGCAUUGUUUUGCUUAGCAACCAUGGCGGAAACGACAGAGGACGGUCAAAUCAACACAGAUAAAAAACAACUGGUUGAACUUGUGGAGGACUUGAAACGCUCAAAUGCAGCGCAACAAGCACAGAUCGAUAUGUUUGAGCGAUAUAGUAGUGGGCUGGACCUACAGCCUCAAUCGGAGAAUUAUGAAACAGCAUCACAGAUAGAAAUGGCAGCGAGUCCAGGAAGGAAAACUAAAGCACGCACUCCAGAGAGACAACAGCUCCUGACACUAGAACAGAAAUGUGAUGUCGCCAAAAGCAUGCAUAAACUGAUGACUGAGGAUUUGAAGAGAGCAAAAGACCUUUCAGAAAGAGAGCUGGACAAUUACAAGGCAACUCUGGAAGAAGCUGAUAUCCACUUGGCGGAGGUUAAAAAAGAAUGUUGCCAGUUUGAUCGUGACAUUGGUAAAGCACUGCGGGAUAAAAAGAGUGUGACGAUGAGUGCUGAGAAGGUCAUCAGAUACAUUGAGGAUAAAGUAAAGGCCAAGGAAAGCCUGAUUGAGAAGUUGCAUCAGAAGAAUGCAGCACUCCUCGCAUACAAGAAAAAACUACAAAUCCAGUUGAAACAACAAGAGGAGAUGGGUGAAGGCCUGACAGCUUUGGACUUUGAGCAGCUCAAGUUUGGGAACAUGAAAUGUAGGAAGCGACUGGAUGAGCAAAACCUCAGACGUGUGGAACUCAAAUUACUCACAGGGAAGACCCUGCAUGUCUUGAAUUCUAAUAAGGAGAAGCUUCAGACCUUGACACAUGAGUCAGAUGUGCUGAGCAGUGACACUGCUUUACGGGCGAAAUUACUGAUUAAGUUUGAGGAGGAGACCAAGCAAGCAGAGGAGGAACAAAACAAAGCAGAGAUUCUGAACAGGAAGUUGAGGGGCCAGUUGGCUGAUUUUCACGUACCACAUGUCCUACAAUACAUCAACGUUAAGGAGUCUCAUGGUCAGCUGCAGAAGAGUGUUAAAGAAUGGGAACACAAGGUGGAGAUAGCAGAGAUGGCACUAAAAACAUACUCAAAAUCCUGGGACAAGCUUCGGAUCACUGCUGGAGCCAGAGCAGUUCCUGCACGACAUGCAGCCAUAGAUGCUGGAUUGUAUGGAUUCUGAAACAACAAAAACUAAACAUGUCCUAAAUAACCUCAAUACCCAAGAUGAUGUCAAAGAUGCCUAUAUAUUUUAAAACAAAUGCAUCAAUAUGAAGAAUAAUAAAAUGAACAUAAAAAUUACACACAACAAUGCAUUAUUAAUGAAAAGGUUUAUUAGUUAGUGCUGUGUAUAUUAAAUGCUACAUACAGAUAUUUAAGCAUGAAUGUCACAUCAACCGCCACAUGAAGUUUUCUUACUAGCUCAUUCACAAUCUACAAUUUGAAAAAAAGCUAAGGAGAAGUAUGUGCACUCGGAAGUGCAGAUACUUGGAACAGAUUACGGGAACUAACACAGCAGGCAUGCACGGGGUGGUGAGGUCUCAAAACCAUAGAGGAAGGCCAUUGAUCUUAACGUUCCCCUGUGGUCCUGAAACGUCUGCCAAGAAUAUAGAUAUUUAUAUAGAGAUUUUAAACAAUAUUAAUAAAAAAAAAUGUAUAUACAAACGUGAAAACAUAAAAAAACACAACAUAGUUUCCAAAUCCAACUGCUCAUUGAUACUUAAUGCCUACAGUUUAAAAAA